AUGGUCGCUGACAUGGACAGUGCCCUGGAGCACCAGCAGCAGCAGGAGCAGCAGCAGCAGCAGCAGCAGCAGCAGGGGCAACAGCAGGGGCAGGGUCAGCAGCAGCAGGAGCAGCCGCAGGGGCAGCAGCAUGAGCAGCAGCGAGAGGAGACACAGCAGCCGCCGCCGCUGCAGCAGCAGCAGCAGCCUGCCGGCGCCGCCGAUGCUGCGGGGGGUGCAGCCGCCGCGCCGGGCGGGGAGGCGCCCGGCAGCGCGCUGCCGCCGUCUGAGGGCAGCAGCGCGCUGCAGCCGGAGGCGGGCGGCGCCGGCGGCGGUGGGAAGACGAAGGGGCGGCGGAAGGGCUUUGGCAGGGACGCAAAGGCGGCUGAGCUGGCUAUCCAGGUCGGCCGGCUGCUGCUCGACUCAGCGUCAGUUGUGGUCGCUGACGAGGCGCACGAGCUCAAGAACGAGAAGACCGCGCGCUGCGGGGCCAUGACGCGGCUGGGCACCAUGCGGCGCGUCGCGCUCACGGGCUACCCCCUGCAGGCGCGCCGUUCGAACCACCUCUCGUUGUCUUUUUUCUCGUUGUGCUCGGGCCCUUUGAAAUUGGGCACGUAA